AUGCUAGGUAUAGUGAUGUUCUCUUUCAUUCUUGGUGGUGGUUGCUGGAAUAGUUCGGUCACGCUAUUAGACAGUAGGGACAAGGAUAAUCAAUCCUAAUUCCUCAAGGUGCUAGUUUUUAGCCUUGCUAAGAGAUUUGGUAAGGCGAUUGCUACCUUUUUGGUCUAAUACUACAAGCACAUUGCAGAAAAACCACCUCAGAGAUAGCAACAGCAAUGUAGAUGGCCGUUUCUGCUUCAGAAUUUAGUCUCUUGUGUUUAGAAGAGACCCAAGUAACAAAAUAUGUGUGUGAAUGACUAUCUGUAACUUGCUGCUGAUGUUUAAGAGCACUUUGUCUAUGCUAUCAUCACUAAUCAUAAGGAAUAGUUUAUGAUGCAAUCUCUCUGUGAAUGGAAGGUUCUUAUUAACAAGUACCAGCUGAAAUCAGUAGUAGAAGAUUUUGAAUCAGUUCAAUCAUUCAUUGAAGAGAUAAAUGAUAAGUAUGGAGAGAUCACUCAGGACUUUUUGAAGGCAGAUCUCACUCUGGAUGAAGAAUGCAUCCUAGGUAUGGAGGUCCACACAUCAGAGAAAAAAUCUAACAAAAGGCAGCUUGCUUUGGCUCAGUACUGCGUUUGUAAGCUAUUCCAAGUCUCAAGAUAGUUAUAGGUUGUACCAUUCGGAUAAGGCAAGUCUAGAAUACCUGCUACAUCUGCUGCUAUAGCUCCUAUCAGCGGAGCAUAGAGUGCUCUCUUAGGUUACGAUGAGACCUGGAUCCAAUAUCACGCUGACUCUAAUUUCACACCUGCAAAGGGAGAGCUGGUCAUACUAGAUGAAGCUGAUGAAUUCAUGCUCAAUAUGAUAGAGGAAUUUAUCAAGCUUCUGAAUUAGUAUGCUUGCUUGGGCUUUAUUGCAACCCUCGAUAAUUGUGACGCUAAUGGAGCAGUAGCUAAGAUGGAUGAGAAUGUUUAAGCUGCUUCCAUAGAAGAGAAGGCAGCUUACAUUAAAAAAUUUUAAGUCUCUGAUUCAGUGCUUGUGAAUUACAUUGUUGAUCAUGCUUAAGAAUUCAAGAAGAUUUGUAGUGACUAUAUACUUGCCACUGAAGAUAUUAAUAGCGCUCUUUUUGAAAAUUUUGACUAGCUACUCUUUUAGAUUCGCAUAUUUGAAGGAGAGUUUGGCAUGAGUAGCUUUGACUAUAGGUGUAAAUAGGCUAAAAUGACACUCGUAAAUGUAAAUUAUUCAUUAACAAGCGAGGCAAUAGUCAAGUUCACAGACUUGGAUUUGAUAGACAAUAAUAAGGAGUUAUAAUAUACUGCUAAACUUUUUUUAGCACAUGAUGAAGCUGUCAAAGAUCAAAUCAUGGUGAAAGCGCUACAGGUUGAAGCUAUGUCAAAGGGCUUCUCCCUUUCAUCAGUAGAUAUAAAAAUUUGCUCGGUAUUGGAAAUAAGAAAACCAAACCAACAGUUUACAAUGUUGCCACCCUCGACUAGUUCUUCAUGA